GUGGCUCAAGUAUUACAGAUUGUGACAGCUGUUCCUCUGUGCUCUGCAAACUGAGAGCUCUUUAUUGAUAAGUGACUGAAACAGGAGCUGAUCAUGAACAACUCUUGCCUGUGUCUCCAGUUUGUCCUUCUCUUGCUCUUUGUCCCCGAGCCCUGGGCUGAGUAUGUUGAAGAAGACCUGUACAAGAUUGACCUGGACAAGACUGAUAUGAAAAUUAGUAAUACAUCACAUGAUAUCACUGUAACAUGGAGGACCCCAGAUAAAACGACAGAUCCCACGUGUUACACAAGUGAAUUGCAGUGCAAGAGCCAGUGUGUCAAAGACUGGAAGAGAGCUCAGAAGUAUGAAGUUGAACAUAAAUAUGAGGUGUAUGUUUUCAACCUGUCUACUCUCAGUAUGAAGGAGAAUUAUGAUUUCAGAAUAAGAAUGAAGCUGAGUUGUAUAGAUGGGGACUGGAGCACUUGGACACAAGUACAACACUGGGGAAAUAAUACAGGUGCUUGUAUGGCAGAAACAUCUUCCUACAUGUGGUUUUAUAUUUUGAUAACUGUGCUGCCAAUCUUUCUUCUAAUUUGUCUGCUGACGCAAGAGGGCAUUAGAAGACUGAUCCUUCCUGUAGUACCAGAUCCCAAAGAUUUUAAAAAUAAAAUCAUGACCAUUGACCAGUCUCAGUGGUGGAGCAACCUUACGCAGUGGAGUGAGGAGUGCACAACAACAGAUAUUGAGAUUAUCAACAAGAGUGAAAAGGAUGGGGAUGACCAGACUCUGGUAAUACAGUCCAUGGAUACCAGCCAUGAGCAACAUGUCAGCAUGUACUGCAUCUACUCCUCUGCAACCCCCUGUGUGAACACAGAACCACAGAACACGCAGAGCGCAUUGGGGUAUAUUGCCCUCUAAAAGUCACUAAAAUAUACAGCUGAGACAGUGUUAUGCUUUUGAAGACAUCAUUAAAUCAGAAUUGGAGUUUGUGGCUUUUAGUCCAUGUCGAUUUGCUUUGAAGCCAUCUAUGGGCUAGUGUACUCCUGAAAGUUGACAAAAUUACUUUAAGCUGAUAUACGCACACAAUAUUCACAGUCUUUAUUUUCAGGUAAAAUGGAUAAAGAGCACAAACAGUGUGGUUCUGGUAGUGAAAAUACCUUUAUAUUUUUCCAUAAGGGAACUGAUUUAUAAUGAUAAUUUAUAAACCUUAAAAGACAGACCUACUGUGAGCUCUGAGGUUGUUAAUAUACGGUAUCUGGUUCUGUAACAGCCAUCAAUCCAUGUUAUUUACACUUAAUUUUUUAAAAAUGUGUUGAAUAGUGGAAUUCCUGAAGAACUACACCAUCCAUGAUUCUGUCUGGAAAGAUCCGCCAAUCAGAGAAUUACGACAUACAAAUCUCUUCAAAAGUCCUGCGGUCAUGUCUAGAGGGGAACCGCCCAGUUACCUAAAGAGCCGAAUGCAACGUUCAUACACUGUGUAAACUGUGUUUAAUUUGAGUCCUACAGAAUCCCUUUACCUACCCCUACCCCUAACCUUAACCCUACCAUAAAAUCUAAACCUCACCUAGUAACAGCAAAUUAAACUCUUCUAAAUAGUCUCUGGUAAGGGUGUUACCAUCUAGACACAACCAAGCCCUGCCAAGAUAGUCCACUUCCAUGACACGCUAUGAAUGACACAAUCAAGUCUCCCUAUACUAUCAAACUACACUAUCAAACUAUAUCUGAAUAUAUUGCAAUAAAAUUAAAAUAUAGUGUUUAUAUUCUUAUAAUUGACUACUUUAAAUCAAUAGUUUUUUACACUGAUCAGCCACAACAUUAAAACCACUGACAGGUGGGGGCCUGAGUAGCUCAGCGAGGAUUGAUGCUAACUACCACCCUUGGAGUCACGAGUUCAAAUCCAGGGGAUGCUGAGUGACUCCAGCCAGGUCUCCUAAGCAACCAAAUUGGCCAGGUUGCUAGGGAGGGUAGAGUCACAUGGGGUAACCUCCUUGUGGUCACUAUAAUGUGUGAUUCUCGCUCUCGGUGGGGCGUGUGGUGAGUUGUGGAUGGAUGCUGCGGAGAAUAGCGUGGGCCUCCACACGCAUUGCAUCUCCGCGGUAACACGCUCAACAAGCCAUGUGAUAAGAUGCGCAGAUUAACGGUCUCUGACGCAGAGGCAAGUGAGAUUCGUCCUCCGCCACCCGGAUUGAGGUGAGUCACUAUGCCACCACAAGGACUUAGAGCGCGCUGGGAAUUGGGCAUUCCAAAUUGGGGAGAAAACACUGACAGGUGAAAAGAAUAACAUCGAUUAUCUCGUUACAAUGGCACCUGUCAAGGGGUGGGAUAUAUAAGGCAGCAAGUGAACAGUCAGUUCUUGAAUUUCAUGUUUUGGAAGCAGGAAAAAUGGGCAAGCAUAAGGAUCUGAGUGACUUUAAUAAGGGCCAAAUUGUGAUGGCUAGAUGACUGGGUCUCCAAAAGAUGACUGGGUCUCCAUCUCCAAAACAGCAGAUCUUGUGGAUUGUUCCUGGUAUGCAGUGGUUAGUACCUACCAAAAGUGGUCAGGAAGGACAACCAGUGAACCGGUGACAGGAUCAUGGGCGCCCAAGGCUCAUUGAUGCGUGUGGGGAGCGAAGGCUAGCCCAUCUGGUCUGAUCCCACAGAAGAGCUACUGUAGCACAUAUUGCCGAAAAACGUAAUGCUGGCCAUGAUAGACAUUUGUCAUAACACACAGUGCAUCACAGCUUGCUGUGUAUAGGGCUGCGUAGCCACAGACUAGUCAGAGUGCCCAUGCUGACCCCUGUCCACUGCUGAAAGUGCCUACAAUGGGCACGUGAUCGUCAGAACUGGACAAUGGAGCAAUGGACGAAGGUGGCCUGGUCUGAUGAAUGUGGACGGCCGGGUGCAUGUGCGUCAUUUACCUGGGGAAUAGAUGGCAGCAGGAUGCACUAUGGGAAGAAGGCAGGCCGGCGGAGGCAGUGUGAUGCUCUAGGCAAUGUUCUGCUGGGAAACCUUGGGUACUGGCAUUCAUGUGGAUGUUACUUUGGCACGUACCACCUACCUAAAGAUUGUUGCAGACCAUGUACACCCCUUCAUGGCAAUGGUAUUCCCUGAUGGCAGUGGCCUCUUUCAGGAGGAUAAUACGUCAUGACAAACUGCAAAAAUCAUUCAGGAAUGGUGUGAGGAACAUGACAAAGAGUUCAAGGUGUUGACUUGGCCUCCAAAUUCCCCAGAUCUCAAUCUGAUUGAACAUCUAUGUGAUGUGCUGGACCAACAAGUCUGAUCCAUGAAGGCCCCACCUUGCAACUUACCAGACUUAAAGGAUCUGCUGCUAAUGUCUUGGUGCCUGAUACCACAGGACAGACACCUUCAGAGGUCUUGUGGAGUCCAUGCCUCGAUGGGUCAGAGCUGUUUUGGUGGCACGAGGGGGACCUACAUGAUAUUAGGCAGGUGGUUUAAUAUUGUGGCUGAUCGGUGAAUAUUUUCAUCGUUUUAAUUUGAUUAAGUCUUUCGCACUGCUUCAUUUUGUAGUUCAUUUCCUUGUUAAAUACGUUAAUUGCUUUGUCUUUUUGUCCGAUUUUAAAAUCUUUAAAUGGCUUACAACUCUUCUAUGAAGGAUUUUAUAAAAUCCCUAUGGGGAAAAAAAACGAGCAGGACAAAUACUUCUGGAACCAAGACAGCUACAAACGGGUGUGCACUGUUACAUUCUAUUGAUGAUUCAUGUUGCACUAUGCAGACUUUUGGCCAAUCAAAUGCUCGCUAGAGUGAGAAUGUCCAUCCCUCUGCAACCAACUAGUUAGUAGCAAUUUUUUUUUAUAAAGGACUUCAAAAUGUAUUCUGGCCAAACUUUCUAUUUCAAUAGAAAAUAUUUUAACACAGGACAGCACACUGAGCUCAUCGAAUUAUUUCAUGAACUGUGGGAAGUGUGCUAGCUGGAGAUUUGAAACAAAACAUGGCUUAAGUUUGUGAUCAAAAUUCAACUGAAAUGAACUGGCGCUGGCUUAGAAGUCACAGAAAAUUCUCUGACCAUUUUUGCCUUAACAAACAAUGUGUGCAGUACAGUAAUUGGACAAUGGAGGGCACUCUGACUAUCCUGAAGUGUUAAAGAAGAGUUGAAAAAUAUCAAAGCCAUCAAGAAACAAGCUCUUCUAAGCAUCACAGCCCACUCUUAAGGGAGGAUGUACGUUAAUUUGAAGACUGAUUUAAAAUAUUAAUGUGAAACUGCAUAAUAGAUGUGGAGUUUCAGUGUGAUGGCAUAACAAAGCCAGGGCAGCUGCCAUGCGCUUCGAUCUGUUGUGACUGAUGAACGGGAAAGUGGGUGAAGGAGAAUGAGCAAAUAAUCAUAAAGAAAUAGAACCAGGAUAUUAAAAGUGAAUGUCACACAGGUGGAUAAAAAAAUAAAUAAAAUAAAAUAAAAAAAACUCUAAAUUGAAGCCUAACUGUUGCAAACAUUGACUAGUGUUAUUUCAGUAGCACUUUAUUUUACAGUACUGUUCUGCAAUUACAUAAUAUAUAAUUACAACAACUAUAGUAAUUACUAGGUACUAACCCUAAACCUAACCCCAAUCCUAACCCUAACCCAUAUAAAGUACAUGUUAUUACCUAAUAUUACUCAGUACUUUAUUGGGUAAGUACACUGUAAUUAUACUGAAAGUACAAGAACUCUAAAAUAAAGUGCAACCGUUAAUUUUGUGCAAGGUAAAAGUUAUGGCUGUGGAAGAGGCAAGGACAUCCAGUGGGAUCCAAAUGUCCGAGACCACACUGAAAAUCUCUUAGUACAAAAGGUCAGAUUUACUUGCUUUCAUUGAAGAUGUUCUGUGGAACAUUAUCAAAUCAUGCUGGGAUAACAUGGAUCAUCAGGUUUUGUUCAAACUUGUGGAGUCCAUGCCAGCUGGAGCACAUGCUGCCAUUAAAGCAAAAGAGGCUCAUACUAAUACUAAGAAAUUCUGAAAUUCAUGCAGCUUUUUCAAUAAAACUUUCCACACAAAUUGUUAUGCUAAUAAUGUAAUUUGAAAUUAAUUUGCAAAAAUAAUAUUAAAUUAGAAAAGAAUGAAAAAUAGAAGCAUUUUCACUAGUGGCCUCAGACUUUUGCACCCAUUCACAAUAGCACACAAAAAGGCCCUGGGUUAUCAGUAAACAGUGGCUUCUGUCUCUGAUGUAUGAAUAACAUGAUGUAUCAUUUUUUUAAUUAUAUUUUUUAAUUCUCAUGGCAAAGAAAAAUUUUUCUUGUACUCGUUUCUCUUUUCUUUUCUUUUCUUUUCUUUUUUUUUUGCACCUGUAGCAAUCUUUAAAAAUUAAAG